UCCUUCUCUUCAAACACCGCCGCUAGAGACUUAGCAGGGGAUAAUGCUGAUGCCGAUGCCGACAUCUACAGGAACCACACUUUCAAUCGCUCUCAAGCCAAGCUCGCGACUCUCCCCACUCUCCUCCAACCGAGGGUCGUCAUCUACGACGGCGUAUGCCAUCUCUGCCACCGAGGAGUGAAAUGGUUAAUCAAAGUUGACAAGCAUGAAAAGAUCAAGUUCUNUGAAGAUGUGCUCAAACGUUUUCUGUUCAUUGAAGGCCCCGAUGCAUACUAUGCAGGAUCCACAGCUGCACUUAAAAUUGCUUCCUACUUGCCAUUUCCUUACUCAACUCUAAGUGCGCUGCUGGUGGUCCCUGCCCCGUUGAGGGAUGCAGUCUACGACUAUGUUGCGAAGCGACGAUACAACUGGUUUGGAAAGGAGGAUGAAUGCAUCAUCAUGAAACAAGACCAAGAACUACUUCAACGUUUUAUCGACAGGGAUGAAAUGUUUGGUGGUGGUGAUGGAGAUAGCCGUUUCUUUUGAAUUCUCAAUUACUUUACAACCUCACGAGUUAGUCUUGCUAUAUAUUUUUUUGCAAAGAUUAAGGGGAUUUGAUUAAUUGAGCCUGACCUGGUAACUGAUUUUACCUUAGAAUAAAAUAUUUAGAUAUCGCUCGCUUGAUUUUGCCAUCUUUUAUCAGAGUGAUGUAAAAAAUAACUCAAGCAGUUUAUGUUCAACCAUGAGGAACUUUUAGGUAGCAAUAUGCAAAAUGGCCAUUAUAGGUACCAGGUUCUAUGAAAUGUAAAUACUCACUGUUUCCUGUAUAUAAAAGCUGUAUUCUCUCAGUA